AUGCCGGUUAAGAAGUCUGGACGAAAGAGGAAUGUCCCCAACGCUGCUCUCAGACCCGGUGGCUCGAACCCUACGUCGAAGGUUCAAAAAGUCAAUCCUUUACCGCCGCAGUACAACUUCACGCCAGCGGCUCACAAUCCAAUGCCUCAGACGCCUCAAGAACAAGUCCGUGUUUCCCCCCAACUAUCGACGUCAGCCGGACCGCAGGUGAGAAACUAUCCACCGCCACAGAUCCUGUUUGAGAAUUCCGUGAAUCGAAGCCGAGAAGACCAACCAGCUAGGUCAUUACCAGAAGUCCAAAAUAAUCCACCGGUUCAAUCGAAUCCUUUGCAUGCUUCUAGGAGAUCUCCAGUUCAGAACUCUCACGCUCAAAGCCAUCCGUCUUCUCAAGGUAACAACCAAAGCCAUCCGUCCUCUCAAGGUAACAACUUCGAGGAGCCAGAUCCAGUAUUGCCGGAACUCCGGGAGGACACGUUGAGGGCUCUUAACGCCAUACUUAUGGUGCCGGACCGCGACAAAUUUACCACCGUGCUCUCUCCGGAACCGAAGCCUAACACGACUUGGUUUACUCGUGAUGCAAAAUCAGCACUGGUUCGGAAGAUUACUAGAGUUUUUACAAACAAAUUUGAUGGUCCAUUCUACAAUUGGUCAUGUGUGCCUCCGGAUAGACGAGAAAGAUACUUCCUUGAGUUUGCGAAAACACACACUUGGGAUCCUUUAAUAACAGGAACAGUGCAACAGUAUUUCUAUGACAUAUGCCAACGACGGAUGAAAAACAUGGUUAGCGACGUUAGGACUAGUCGAGUGCAACCUAAAUGGAUCGAGGGUGACCUGUGGAAAGUAAUGGUUGCUCAGUGGGAGACUGAAGAAGCACAAGAAAGGAGUCGAAUCUAUUCCAAAGCUCGCAUGUCAGACCGUAAUGGUCUCGGUCCUCACAUGCACUUAUCUGGGCCAACAUCUUAUCAACAAGUCAAACAAGGCUUGGUGAAACAAGUUGCCUAUACUACAAAACGUGAUGCUGAGAUUGCUGCUCUUGAAGCAGAACACUCCAAAGUUGUGGCUGAGCAACAGAAGAAGAUAGAGCACUUGGAAAAGUUCAUGCGUACGAUGUGUCCGGCCUAUGUUGAAUUCCAAGAGUCUGAAUCAAGUGAUGCAUCCACCGCCUCUCCAACACAAAGAACAUCUCCUUCUUAG